AUGUCCAUUCCCUCGCCCUCGCGUCUGUCCUCUACUUCGAUAUAUCAUACCUUUUUCGAGAACACGUCAAGGAGAUGGAUUUUUAACGAAGCUGAACGACUCAAGGAGAGAUAUGUUGAAUUCAACCCAACAGAGCUUCGGCGGGUCGCCGGUCAGGCAAUAGAGCAAGACCAGUGUUCUUGCAUUGUGAAGCUUGCAGAAGGUGGCUUCAACAAAGUAUUUCUGCUCAAAGCAGCUGAUGGUCGCGAGGUGAUUGCACGUAUCCCCACGCCGAUCGCCGGCCCUUCCCGUUUGACCACAGCCAGCGAAGUUGCGACAUUGAACUUUCUGCGAACCGUUCUCAAAGUUCCUGUACCAAAGGUACUGGCCUAUUCAACAUCAUCAGAGAAUCCAGUUGGAGCAGAAUAUAUCAUAAUGGAGCGAGUACAUGGUGAAAGUCUCGCAUCCAGAUGGCCAACUCUGGAGACCGAGGAGAUGAAAAUUAUCAUGAAACAACUAGCACAGAUAGAGCGGAAUAUUUCCUCUUUCUCCUUCCCUGGGUACGGGAGCCUCUAUCGCAAGAAUGAUAUUGCAGGAGAAACACAGAUACCUAUAGAAGUGGAAGGCUUCUGCAUUGGCCCUGUUGCCGCACGACAGUUUUGGCAUGGUGAGAGGAACCAAAUGGAUUUAGACCGCGGUCCAUGGCGUUUAUCUGAGGACUGUUAUACUUCUGCAGCACGCCGAGAAAUGACUUGUAUUCUGCGCCAUGCCAAACCUCGGUCCCGACGGACAUUUCUUCUUCCAACAAACUACGACAUCGAUCCCUCUCAGCACACAUCGCUUCUCUCAAAGUUUCUAGAGAUAGCGCCCUUCUUGGUUCCUCCAGAGCCUGCCAAUAAUUCCCCUACGCUGAGACACCCAGACUUGAGUAUGACUAACAUUCUCCUGGAACCCGGUUCCAGCAAGAUAGCUGGGAUCAUUGAUUGGCAAGAUGCCGUUAUUUUCCCACUGUUUAUGCAAGCUGGCUAUCCGGCGUUUUGUGAACAUGACUUCUCGAAGCCGCAACGUUUGAAGAUUCCACAGCUGCCCGAAAACUUCAAUGAAAUGUGUGUGGAGGAGCAAACACAAGCCAAAGCCAAAAUGCGCAUGGAGGAAGCAAAUCUAUUUUAUCUAGCCGCGACUGGCUUGCAAAACAACGCCCAUCUUAAGGCUCUUCAGAUCCCACAUAUUGGUAUGCGGCAAUAUCUCUUCCGGCAAACAGGAUAUCCCUGGGAUGCGGAUACUAUCAAUCUCUCUGCUGCCCUUGUUGGUAUCAGUACUCCUCACGUUUGGAGCUCUAUCACAUCCCUACCGUGCCCAGUGUCUUUCAGUGACGAGGAAAGAGAGAAGUCAUUGGAGGAGUCGGCUGACUGGAACGAUUCUGAGAGAUUAUUAUCUACGAUUAGGAACCAUCUCGGCAUAGAUUUAGAAGGAGGCACUGAACCGGAAAAUUAUGAGUGGGCAUACCACAAAAAUCUGGAAUUCAGAAUGGAAUUCUUGCGGCAAUCUGAGGAACAUGAACAUGAACUGUGUUGGCAGAAUUGGCCUUAUAAAGACGAUGAUGAUUGCACUUCUCCGCUACCUGUUGAUUGA